ACUUUGACAGCCAUCGCCUGUCUUCGUCUUUCCGACACGAUCAAAGCGGUUUGUUUUCGUACGUAAUCAUGGCGCUUCGCAUGUUGUGCAGCAAAACAUUGAACCUAAACCGAAUUGUUUCAUUUAAUGCUGUAACCCAACUCCCAAAACAGCUACAGAAUGUGACAGCUGGCUCCGUACGAUGGUCAUCUUUUCGCUCCUCGGAACCGGUCGGUGAUUUGGAGCAGUAUCCCGAGGUAGAAGUGGUACGGAAUCCACCGGAAUGGAAGUACGUCGAACGAUUGCUAGCACCCCGGACCGUACCGAACCCAACGCCAAAGGAAAGCUACCCAUCCGGCUGGAAACCGGCCAGUCCACAGCCCGACCUUAAGUAUGUGGUGCAACGUACGAAAAAUCACAUGCUACCGGUGUACUUACGCCGUGCGUUCCGUGGCCAGCGUCGCAUAACGGCGAUCCGGCAUGUGGAGGGUGACAUUUGGCAGCUGGAAGCGGAAUUGCGGUACCUCAUCGAGAAGCAGCUGAACCGUCCCAUCAUCACGCGCGUGAACGAAAUGAGCGGCCAGAUCGAGCUGAAGGGCGAUCAUGUAGCUUUCGUGGAGAAGUUCUUGCUAGAAAAAGGAAUGUAAGUGCAUUUAGUCAGUAUGUUUAAUAAAACCACGCAUCUUAGAGAGCAAACGCGA